UUGAUUCGUCCAAGUUACUCAGGAGAGUGUCGAAAAAAGCAUGGCGAACAGCUGCUGUGAAGCGACCAGUGUCAAAUUUGUCGUCAAAUAAGACGAUUACUGGUAAGCAAAAUAUGAAUAACAAAUACAGUCGAACCCCGCUAUUUCGAAGUCCUAAGGGAAAUGGAAAAAAGUUCGAAAUAGCGGGGUUUCGAAAUAACCGGGGAAGCGUAAAGGGAAAAGGUAAAUCCAAGGGAAUCGAUCUUCCUUCGAAAUAGCGGGGACUUCGAAUUAACCGAGUUCGAAAUAGCGGAGUUCGACUGUAUAUUUAAAGCGUAGCCGAAAAAAGCUGUUUUUUUUUGUGCUGUUGUUCACUUAACCUCGUGUAGGAAGCUGCUAAAAUUGGGCCCGAUCUCAGGCUAUUAUUCCCUACAAUAAGUUGCGUAAUGACCCGUUUCGUUUUUAGGGCAAAAAUUAACCCCUUAUCAAGUUUUUCCUUCACAGGAAAACCAAGGACUGUCUAAAAACUUGCGCGUUAAGUGAACUUCGAGGGAUUACACCAUCCUCGAUCUCCAUAUCUCCUCAGUCCUCCAAUAAUGCCAAGUAUUCCUGAGAAUGCUUAAAUGAGAAUUCUUCACAAAAUGGAUUGAAGAGUUGCCUACUAUACUACUUUCUCUUGUUUAAACCCGGAAAGUUGUCUUUUAAAUAUCACGCAUUUGUACUCGGCAAGGACACCAAGCAUUUUUGUUUCUAGGCGUUAACCUUGAGCUGGCCUUUUCUCAUUUCAGCAAGGUCUACAACAGAUUCUCCCUUUGUACUACCAAAAACUGCUUCACAAACAAGCUUCACCCCAAACGUGACAAUUCCUCAAGCGCCAAACACUUUGUUUACUCUCACACCAAACUUUAACUUUACUUCAGAAUCAAAUCCUGCUUGUGUGUUUACUGCAACUGAGACCCAUGCCACUGAGAGACAGAAGCCAAUAGCUCUGUCUAUUUCAGAAGCCAAGCAGCUUAGAGAUGCGCUUCUCGGCAGCAUUGUUAAAUGUACGCAGAUUCAGAACUCUCUCUACAGACUUCUGUUACUCAAGUUACAGGCUCAUGUCACAGGGCCAUCUGAUACUGGCUUGGAAUGUAGUGACACAUCAGCGAGUUUACCGGAGACUUCCGGAAUGGAAAAAGCAGAAGAGUGUGUAUUAAAUGGUGCUCAACUGGCAAAUAUUGAUUCCAAGCACACUAAAAGCACAAGAGUGUGUUUGGAUAAUAUCACAAGUGAGUGCGACACGUUGAACGCAGCAGGGAGGUUAGAUGACGCAUCAAAGAUUUCUUACGUGAAGGACACGGAGAACUCAGAAAAGAGCGUAAACGGUGCUCCCCGGACUCUGCUAGGUGAACUGCAAGAUCCUUUAAAUGCCUUGAUUCGCUGUGCUGACAUUCAAAGAGAGCUUUUCCAAAGGAUGAUGACUAUGAACGAGUUGAACACCAAAGAAGCAAGUGAUUUAUUUGGUAAAGAAUCAUCCCCACGUGAAAAUAAAGGUGAGAAACCGUAUUCAAUUGAAUAAGGACCCCCCUCAAAUAAGCGUGCCCAGGUUUUAUACAUUAUUGAUAACCCGGCCUCCUUUCUGAAAAAAGCCAAAUUAUCAAUAAUAACGGAAUCAGAGUAGAAGUACUUUUAAAAAAAUCAGUUGAAACAAUUAACAACUAUGAAGACAGUUAUUUUCUAGCAAUGCAUAGAGAGCACAAAUUGAAUCUUUCAAGUAUAAGAAUUUCGAAUCAGCAAAAUGAAUAUUAAAUGAUGCUAUGUAUGGAAAACCCGAUUCACCAUCUUGCCAAGGCAGUCCAGAAAGCAACCCUAUUGUUCUUUUCACUGAGACUUAUUGAUGACUUUGACUGUGUUGAGCUCUGUACUAACCAAGUAACUGAUCCAGAUUAUUUUGUCUGUCUGUUACCGUCAGAUUUAUACACCAAUAGAAAAGUUGAUAUGCGGGAAGUCCAAUCUAAGCUCGAAGCCAUCACCUUUAAAACCAAAAUGGAAUGCAGCUAUGCCCGAGAUCCUUUCAGCAGUAAAUACCUAAAGCCAUCAACUAGCGAGGACCUUUUGCAGCAUAUACCUCCACAUAGACAUGUGUCAUUUCAAGAAGCAGAUUCUUGUAGUUUACGAGAGCUUCCACAUGGACGAGGAAUUCUGAAAACUGCGACGGGCGAAUUCAUUUAUUCUGGAGACUGGUGCAGGGGUAAAAGAAAUCUGUUAAAUUUUUACAUUUCAGCUAUCUCCCCCUAUUCCUCGUAAAUGAUCGUUUGUUUCAAUAAUUAGCCUUUCGGUACCGUAAAAUUCCGAAAAUCAGCCCCGGGGGUUAUAUUUUUCGAAGGCUCUUUUUGAGGGGCUUAUUUUUGGAGUGGCUUAUCUACGGAGGGAAAUUUGCGUUUCAAACUUGAUUUGGCUGGCCUUAUAGUUACUUUGUAUUUGAGGGCAAUUUCCACGUACAAGCCCCCGGGGGGGCUUAUAUUUGGAGAGGCGAUUUAACGGAGGGGUUUUUACUUUACGAGUUUGGGGGGCUUAUAUUUGGAGGGGCUUAUACAUGGAGGGGCUUAUUUUCGGAAUUUUACGGUACUUUGAAAUGUCCCAUUUUCAGUAAAAAUUUUCCCUUCACGAAGUUUGAUGCAACUUGAAACGCAGUUACGUUUUUGAUAAGUUCCGUUUAGAUUCAUUAGGGAACCCAUUUGAAGACCAUUUAAUGGUUCAGUUGAAUGGUUCACGUUGUUGGCCUGUGAAUAGAAAUUGUACAGAUACAUCAAUAAAUAAUAAAACGAACCCUAAAGUUGUCAGAUUACUCCAAUGGUCAAUGGUUUGAUAAAUUGGAAAGUGAAUUUGUUUUGUUCCAAUUUGAUAACUACCUACGAAGACGUGGAAAAUGUUUUCUGGCUUCUCUAGUUAUCCAGUUUAAUAAGAGAGAUCGCAUUGUAGUGUGGUGAUUUCCUUUUAUUUUGAACAGUCAGUCGAGUAUACAUGGAAGUCCCCCACCUACCCCUUCCCUAACAAAACAUUUACCCUUUUUCUAUUCAGGCAAGAGACAUGGCAAGGGUGAAGGGCUCAUUUUCCCUGUUCCAGGAUCUAACCAUUCGGCGGCUGAACAAGGAUUUUACAUUGGUGGAUGGAAACACAACAUGAGGUGUAGUUUAUUCGAAGACACCUCACCUCCUAAUGAUAAUAAUAAUAAUAUUAAUAUUUACUAUACCGCUUGUCUUAGGGUACUAGUAAUUACCAUCAGUAAAGCAGCUUUUGUCAGGGACAGUUUUCGAGUGAUACAACAUUAAAAGCCUUUUUAAUAUUAACCCUUUUUCUUACGUGUUUCGUUACUUUACUUUUAAAACUCACUUCUUUUAAGCCCUGUCCCAUUUUAACCCUCUUAGAAAUGACUGGAAGUCGAUCAUUGUUGAGAGGUAAUUAAUGUGUUUUGUGGGGGGCCUUCUUUAAUGUUUACGCUCCUAACGCAAGAAACUCUUCAAAGUCUCAAUCUACAAACUCUUCAUCUUAAUAGCACUGAGAUUUUGAAGGUGAUACAAAAAAUGGACUUUUGUCAGCCAUGAUUUGAGUCUGAGGGUAUAAUAAUAUAGAAACAGUCAUAGAUUUUGCUUAAUUUUUUGGUUUACUUCGAAUAUUAGGCACGGCCAUGGGCAAAUGAUUUUCACCUCCGAGGCUGUGUAUGAGGGACAGUGGCAGUUUGACAAAAUGACAGGAUAUGGUACCUUAAAGCUGCCGGAUGGAACCAUUCAGGAAGGGACUUGGAAGGAAGGUUCCUUACAGGGCUGCGCUCUUUUCACCUGGCCACAUGGUGUCACUGAGUACCGGGAGUAUGAUACAAUCCGAGGUAAAGCUUUUCUCUAAUUACACCUACUUGUUCUAAUUACCAUAAAGUGGUACAAAAAGCACAAAACCUAAAACCAAAACAGAAAAUGCUCAAGGAAUAAAUUGGCCAUGCAAGUUAUAUUUUAAUUUUCUGUUAGUCCUGAAAUUUUUUUCAUCCUGAAAGCAGUUUAAAGUUGAGAGAGUGUAGCUGGCCACAUUAAAGGUGUUUCCAGGGUGCUAGCGUUCCUAUCUAUAUAAUUUAUUCUUUCCUGCAGGAAUUUGUAGCUUUGCUUUAUCGCCCUUGUCUACGCAUUUUAGCAAUGAGCCUUCAAGUGAGCUAAGGCAAUAGUUCUAUUGCAACGUUUUUUGUUUAAAUAUGUAGGCUUCGGCAAAACAUCUCGUUAGAGAAUGGAUAAUAGAGUAACGCCGCGCAAUGUAGAGGAAUUGUUAAGUCAUCAAUUCUAAAAGGUUACUCUUAGUAAAUUCUCAAACAUGCAGUACAAAGUAACUCAUGAACCUGCCCCUAAAGUCCACGUUCCUUUGUGACAGUCUGCAGUGAUUUGCUAUCGAGUCAUUGUGAUCUAUAUAUUUCUCUUUAUUAACAGGUCAGUUGAGUUCCUGCAAACUUGAUCAAGAGGUUGCAGAGGAGCUGACGCAAAUGAGUUGUAUCCGCUCCCAGCUGCUAAACUUACGUGACUGUGCUGUUACGCUUAAAGAUGAAAAGAUUUCUCUCACAGGGCAAGUGAAUAACCUGAAAAUGGAACACGCUGAGAUGGUUGGCCAGCUACAAGAUUUUGAUUUAGAAAUUUAUCGAAAGUAUGAGCAACAGUGGAAGCGGGAUAGUCAGAAACAACGAGACGAAUUCGAAAAAAUGUUGAAAGAUACAGAAUCCAAAGCUACUGGAGAGAUUGAUACUCUGAAAAAGGAGCUGGAAGAAACCAAGGCCGCACUGCUAUGCCAGAUUUGCUUUGUGAGGAAACGUGACUGCAUUAUUUUACCUUGUUCUCAUCUCUUGUACUGCAGACAAUGUGUGCAGGAACAUAAAAAUAAUGGCGAUUUCCGUUGCCCUACGUGCCGUGGGACUAUUAACAGCGAAAUUCUGUGUAAUGUCAAUCAUUCUCCUUGA